AUGGGCCAGGUUCUGUAUCCCGUUAUACCGACUUCGCCCGAUUCGGGCACGUUUAAAUCGCGCAUCGAUUCGUUACACUUCGGGAAGACACUUUGGUGUAUCGAUCAUGUGAUCCGGGAUAGUCCAUUUUGUAUGAAUCGAGCCCAUCUAUUGAUAAUACGCUUGGGUGUGACAGAACAGUUUUAUUACCGUUAUACAGCAGAUUUUGCUAUGGAUAUAUCAAAUAGACUGGAGCUGCGUAUAUUAGCCUUAUUGACAUUGAUUGGUUAUAUUCUUACUUUUCCUCAGGAUUUUGACCGUACACCAUCAACUACAGACCCUAGUUCGCACGAGACGAACGAGAAUGAAGUUGUCAUUGCUCUGUGGGAUGGAAAGUGGUUCGUAGUACUAGUUGUCAGCAUUUGUAUACUGAUUACACUGGGCCUGCUUUGUUUUCUGGUUUGGAGAUGGUUGUGUGAGCACAGGCAAAGGACAGGCGAAAGGACACAGCCGAUAAUAAGACCGAAUGCUAUUCCGCCCGACAGACAUCCUAUUUUGGGUGAGGGUGACUUAAAUCAAGGACAAGAUACAUAUAACCGGAUUGGAAACAAUUCAAGCGAAGAGCUCGCUUUGAAUGUUGGGAAUUCUGAUGAUGAAACUGAGACAGAAAUAGAAAGAGAAAAUAGGCCACUUGUAGAUAUCAGAAACCCGGCUGGUCAUGUGGAAUUCUCGAGGAAAAACGUUAGUUUACCUAACGAGCAAAUCCAAGGUCAGGCAGAAGAACUCAUAGACGAAAAUGAUCCCGUAAUAACUGACAGGAAGAUACCAGUAGUUCUCGAAUUCCGCGAUGCCGAUGAACUGAAUGCAUGCAAAUGGCAACACAUUCAGCGGACCCCUGGUGAAGCUGCAUCCUAACAGAUACAGACAGGAAGCAUCUGACAGUAGUUAAGAUGUUUUAGUUUUUGGAAAUGACUGAUAUUAUUUUUGCAAACAUAACUUGGGGUUUGUAAAAGGGCUACUUACCAUUUAAGAUUGAUUGAAGUUAUAUACGUAGAGAGCGUUCUGAAAUACCAGAAUAUUUAUACGUGGGAGACUAAUUUUCGAGAAUUUCGUAGUUGAGUCAAUCCACGAAAUUUAAUCCUAACGAACAAGUAAAAUUCCCAUUCAUUUUAUGAUCAAAAGUUGAAAUCCACGAAUUCAUAUCCCCAUAAAAUUGUAGUUUUAACCAAAGCUUCGAUUUUUCGUGCCCACGAAAUUAAAUGAUUUUACAGUAACUACUUCUUUUUCAAAUGCUAAUUACACUUGUGUAUGCUAUUCUAUUGAUUUUAUUAUAAUUAAUUUCAAUUUGAUAUGCCCUAGAUUCUAUUAAUCCAUCAAAACGCAUUUUCUACAAAUGAGAAGAAGUCUAGAGUUAUUUUAGGGAAACUGGUUUGAAAACAAGCGUAUUAAAUGUUAUGUAGCCCGUAUAUGUUUACAAUGCACCGGAAACCAACAGAAUAAGUUUUAUUGUAUUCUGCAAAUUGUGAAUCGCACAAGGAUUUUUGUGAUGGGAACAUUUAAAAGGCCAACAGUUUUAUGGCAGCAAAAAUAAAACCAGACAUUGUUUUUCUUUUUCUAUCUGUGAUUUAUUUAUAGGAACGGUACAGCAUCAAGUAUGCAAACUGAUUUAGGUAUGCAAAUAGGAGAAAUAAAUAUAUGUAUCACUUCCAGGUUUCCAUACAAUAUAAGACAAAAAAUAGAAAAACGAUUUCAAUUUUAGCACAAUAACUGAAACAAUGGGAAAUACCAUCUGAUUUUUCGAUUCAUUUUAAAUUCAGAUCCAUUCGAUAUAAUUUUAAUUUUAAAAGUCAUUAAAGGAAAUAAGUGAAUAUUUGAGAUCAGUGAUCAACACUAAGUUAUAGUUUUAUAUUAUUUGAAUUAUACACUUGGACAAAAAUUCUACCGACUACGUGUCUGAUACGUGUUCUAAACUUUGCUGAUUCUAUAUUUUAUGUUUCAUUUGUCACCAAUUACCAUGAAAAGGCUUGACAUUCAAGCCUUGAUAAUUCUAUGCAUCUAAGUUUUGACGCCGGUUAAUAUAUGGAGAUUCAGAUCUCUUUAUAUUUUUGGUAAAACUGUUGAUGCAGAGAACCUCUAUGAGGUAAAUGUACCCACAAGGUAUGUAGUUAUACUACCUUGGCAAAUCUCUAAAUAUUCCAGUUGUUCACCCAGUAGGGCAGACAAUUGCAAAGACGUAACUGAACGACAAUUUUACACUCUAUAAUGGCAGUAUGGGUAUAUCAUGUUAUAUACCCGACUAGAGGAAUUAAGUUCUUGGCUUUCAAAAGCUGCUAGUUAGUUGUCUUUUGAAUAGUGUUAUCCUUGUACUUACUUGACUAGCGAUGAUUGCAUCUGAGUUUGUUUUAAAUCACCAUGGAAUAGAAAGCAACUCCAGUCCUUUAUUACAAAUAUUCAUAAAGAUACAGUUGUCAGGUUUUUUUUGUCUUAAACGUGUGAAGAACCUAUAAAUUUUCUUGUGAACCAUACAGCAUAUUUCUAUGAAAACUGUUGUGGAAUAGAACGCCAUUUCAGUCAGUCCUGCAGUACUUUACAUAUAUUUAUGAUUAUACAGUUAUCUUUUUUUUCUCAGAUAGAGUGAGAAAGUCAUAAAUAUUCUUUUGAAUCAAACUAUAUAUUUCUUUGAAAACUGUUAUAAAAUAGAAAGCAAUUUCAGUCCUUAAUUACUUUACAAAUAUUUAUAAUGAUACAGUUGUCAGUUGUGUACCCUUAGUGUGUUUUAUUUCUAUCUAAUACAGUACAUGAUGGCACCAUUUACCGGGAGGUUGAACCACUAUAUGCAGCCCGUCUGGGCGUACCAGAUGUUUAAAGCACUGGUAUGGGCAAUAGGGGUAAAACGACCUCAAGGGUGGGGGUGCGGUCAUGGCAGUUUGUUACAAUAAGGCUGUAAAUAUUAUCAUUGUUCAUUUAUGAUAUUGUUGUAAUAACUAUUAUUUUUUAUUAUUAUGUACAACGCCAUAGAAUAUAUCAUUUAUAAAAAAGGCGUUUAAUCAAAUUGUUCAGUUUCAGUUUUGUGAUUGCAUAUGUCAUGUUUUGUUAUUUUCCUACAUAUCUGCGAUGUGUCACGUGUUUAAUUGUAAAGCGCCUUUGAACGUAUAUUCCAUAUGAAAAGGGCGCUCAACAAAUCUGGUAUAAUAAUAAUAAUAAUAAUAGUGUAAGGAAGCUAUAAUUUUUCUUGUGAAAUCAAACUAGUAUAUAUUUCUUUGACAACCAUAGAAUAGAAAGCAAUUUCAAAAAUUUACAAAUGUUACUGAAGAUACAUUUUUCUCUCUUAAAUAGUGGGAAGAAAACUAAUAAUGUGCUCAGUACAUCUAGAAACGCAACGCUUUUUCCCUCGAUUUUUCAUACUUCCCUUCUACAUGUAUAUUUGAAGUUUGUGUAGUAGUAUGGUAAAAUCGUGUAGAAACCCAACCAUCAAACCAAAAAAGUAGUAAGUGCGAUUUCCUUGUCAAUUAUCAGGUUAAAAAAUUCUGAAGUUAGGCCAAGUGUUGCGUUUCUAGAAGUACUCAGUAUAUUCUUGUGAAUCAUACAGUAAAUGUCUUUGAAAAGUGUCAUGGAAUGGAACGCAAUUUCAAUCUUAAUUGCUUUAUGAUACAGUUAUCAGUUUUGAUCUCUGAAAUAAUGUAGGGAAGCAAAACAUUUUCUUGUGAGUUAAUAUUUCUUUAAAAACUGUCAUGGAAUAGAAGCAGUUUCAGACAUACGGACACAGUUAUCAGUUUGGAUGCCAUCCUGUCAGUUCUUAUUGAUUAAUUAGUUAAUUUAUUUAUUUAUUUAUUAUUUACUAGUAUUUAUUUAUUUUUAGGGGGUGGGGGCGGCACUUAGAAUUGCCCUUGUCCGUCUGUCCGCCCGUCCGAAUUUGUGUCUUGCAUAUUCAAUGGUAUUUGAUCCAGAGUCAUCAAACCUCACAGGAUUGUCAUUCAGCACGAGUAGUUGCGCAACCAGUCCAGAGUUAUGGCCCUUGACUUAGUCAGAAAUAUGCAUAAGUUUGCGACGUAUGUAUCUCAUAUAAUGACAAAAUAUUUUACUAAGAAAUAUUGGACAUUGUAGGCAUAUAUAUACAUCAUUAAUCAUGUGAAGUUUUGCACCUGAAGUUUUGCAAGGAAUAUCAUUCAGCAAGACAAGAGGUAUGGCCGUUGACUUAGUCAAAAAUAUGCAUAAUUAAUAGGCAUGAACGUUUUUGUCGCCUGUAUCUGAAAGUAUUUGACCUAGGGUCAUGAAACAUCAUAGGAAUAUUAUUCAACAUGUGAAGUUUUGCAUCUUGGAUUUUAUUCCUGAUAUCUGUCAGUCAAACUAGAGUUAUGGCCCUUGAUUGUCAGAAAUAUGCAUAAAAGGGAUAAAAGUUUUGUUGCAUGUAUUUCAAAAAUAUUAAUUUUUAAUAGAGUCAUAAAACAUUUUUUGUACGCAACUUAUGUAUCUACAUCAUGCAAUGAAGAUGUAUUUUGUAUCUAAAAGGUUGAAUUUUAUCAAUACAAAGCAGUUUUCUUGCAAGUUUUACAUAUUUAUAUAUAUGAGAUGCCAUAAGCACAUUGCUAAAGCUCAUCGUUUUCAAAUUGAUGUACAUAUCAACGCAUUAAAAUAUUUUGUUCAGUUUCCUAUAGGUCAUUGUACGUCUUCAUUAGUAUAGACACAUGUCAGCCUGCUUUAGAUUAAGAACGCCGAGAGAUCAGGCUAACGGACAGAAAGGUUUUUUCUCAUUUCAAAAAUAAUACUGUUUUAAGUAAUCGCUUUAUUUGGCGAUUCCAUAUUUUGUAAAACUUAUACAAACAUGUCUAAAACAUUUUUAGGAGUAUCAUAAUUUUUAAACAAUUGCUUUAUGGAAAUAUUUAGGUGGGUGGGGAUGCUAGUGUCCAAAGUUCUUUUUGCUGUAUUAUAUCAAGAAGUAUAAUAUUUAUGUAAUCUGCUAUAUUUUAGCUUGUUAAACAGAUAAUAUGCAUUGUAAAUAGAUAUCACAAUUACUCGUUGAUAUACAUGUCUGAAUUUUUUUGUAAUUCCAUACUGUAUGUUAAUACUACAAUAUAUUUUAUAAUAUACUGUUGUCAUUGGUGUAUCUUUAUUUCUACGUGUACCUGAGGAUGUUCUGAAGUUUUCUCUAUGUUGAAACAAAGAGCUAUAAAAAUAAAUACUAAAUUUUAUACUUCUUUGGUUGAAAUAAACUUUGAUAAAACUAAUAAAGAUGCUUUACCAUUUGAAUAUUUCUCCUCCAAACGGGCACUUUUUGAAGCCCUUUAAUAUUUUUGGGUUUGUAAAAAAAAACUUUUUAUAUUUUAUUAAAGAUAUUUUAAAACCUUUUAAGCAUUAAUAUGUAUAGAUAUUUUACUAAGAAUGUCUAUUUAUCUUUGUAUAUCACAUGGAGCAAAGUACAUACAAUUUCUUAUUUUUUUAAAUUAUACUUCAAUUUUAUAUAAUAUACACUAAUGUACACUAUGAUAUAUCACGAUACUUUUAAUUACCCAUAGAGAAUAAAAGACUUCUGUUCUUUGUUAAAGAAUUUAUGUGUACGUUGGGUUUUCACGAAGCAUGGCUAUUUUUUCAAACAGUAUGUGUUACUAAUAUGUUGUUAAUGGUUGUUAAUCAAAGGACAACCGGUCAGUUUCUAUAAAAUGGAAUGAAAUAUUAAACAACACUAGCAGAAAUCUAUUACAGGCAAUAACAUACAUAUUGAUAACACCAGCAAACAUUUACAUAGUGAAAAAAACAAACAAUAAGUCAAAUCAGAGUAAAUUCUUUAACUUGCACUAUGUCAUUACUCGAAUAAGAUACGAUUUGCCAAUUUCGGCGAAGAUCCCGGCCACAGGUCGAAUCUUGUAAAGUGUUUUCGCUUUCUUACAAGAACGGCCAUCCGUGGAACAAAAAUAUAUCUUUUUGUCAUAAUUUUAUUGUAUCAAUUCAUAGUAUAGCAAUGGUGUAGUGUAUUAAGUGGAAUUUGAUCUUGACCUUUCGUUUUCGUUUUAAUCAAGGUCAUUUUAUGCAUAUAUAAAACAAUAUAUUAUAGAUGCAUUUAGAUAGUGUUCAUCUACAAUUAACAACUGCAUUGCUUUUAAUCUUAUUAAUAUUUCAGAUUGUAACAUACAUGAAGUGUUGGAGAAUAUUAUCUUGUUUUUCAUCAAUAGAAAUUAUUACUCACAAUAGGCUUAAGAAAAUAUGAAUGAUAUGCAUGUCAUUGGCAAACUGAAAUGGAAGAACAACCAGCUAUUUCAUAGAUAACGUUAUAUACUUACAUUUAUGUCAUAUCAUACGAAUAUGUUCAUUUGUUUAUUAUUUCAUGGUUAAAUGUUCACUGUUGCCAUGUAUAUAAUAAAUCAUAUGUAAAAAUGGGUCUAUGACCUUCUGGUUAAACUAAAAAGAUUAAACUAUAAUUAAAUGUAGAAUGUUACCCUCAAUAUAAUAUAGUAUUUAGUCUUGUAAUCAUUUACUAGUUUCUACUUUUAAUCAUUCAACACCAUUUUUUUCAAUUCUAUAGACCAUUCGUUAAAUGCGAUUUAUUCUUUGUUUAUAUGUAUUAUAUAAGAGCUAUUUGUGAUCACUUUUGUCCGUCGUCGUACGUUGUCCGUCGUCAACAAUUCGACUGUUAGCACUCUAGAGGUCACAAUUUUGGCAAAAUCUUAAUGAAACUUGGUCAGAAUGUUACCCUCAAUAAAAUCUAGGACGAGUUCGUUACUCUGUCAUCUGCAAAACCUUAUUAACACCCUAGAGGCCACAUGUUCUACUUUAUAAAGUUUAUAUUCAUAAAACUUUGUCAGAAUGUUUCCGCUAUAAAAUUUAGGUCAAUUUUGAGACUGAAUUACCUGAGGUGUUAAACGAGAUCACAAGGUUUAAUCAUAGAAAAACAUUGUUAACACACUAUAGAUGCACAUUUUCUGUUUGUAGAAAAAUGUUUGUCAGAAUAUUUCUCUCUAUAAACUAUAGGUAAAAUUAAAAAUUGAAUUACGUGUGGUAAAAAACUAGGUCACUGGGUCACAUCAUAGAAACACAAUAAAGGCCACAUUUUCUGUAUGAUCUUUAUAAAACUUUAUCAGAAUUUUUUGUGUAAUCUAGGUCAAAUUCAAAUCUGGCUUACCCGAGGUCAAAAACUAGGUCACUAAGUCAAAUCAUAAACAAUUAAAGACUUUAGAGGACACAUUUUCCAUUUGUAUCUCCAAAUAAAAUUGUCAGAAUGUCUGUCUUUUCUUUAUAAAACGUAGGUCAACUUUAGAACUGGGUUACCUAAGGUCUUAAAUCAGAUCUCUAACUCAGAUAAUAGAAAACCUUGUUAACAUUACAGAGGCCACAUUUUCUAUUUAAUCAUCAUAAAUCUUUGUAAGAAUGUUUGUCUCUAUGAGAUUUAUGCCAGUUCGAAAAAGUGAGAUGCCUGAGGUCAAAGUCAAAAACGAGGUCACUAGGUCAAAUCGUAGAAAAACCUUAAACACUGUAAAGGUUACAUUUUGACUUGAUCUUCAUGAUAUUUGGUAAGAAGUUUUGCUGUUUAAAAUCUAUGAUAGAUUUGUAACUUGGUCACUUGGGCGAAAACUCGGUCACUAGGUAAAUCAAUGAAAACACUUGGAUAUUGAUCUUUCUGGUUUACAUUUAACAUGGUCAUUGUGUUAUUCUCUUUGAAAUAUACAAGAAAACAUUGGCCCUAUUUCAGAAUAAUUUCACAUAUAUUCUCCAUGUGUGACCCUCUGCCAAAAUUUUUCACUCGGGUGAUUUAGGGCCAUCAAAGCCUUCUUGUUUUAUAUAUUUCUGAUAACAUUUGUGUAUUUUUUGUAUUUCUGUCUUCUGUGUAAACGGUUUUUAAUAAAGAAAAAAAAAUUUCUUCGCAAACAAA